AUGGAUGCAAAAGGGUACUUACAGUCUUAUGGCUGGCAAGAAGGGCAGGCAUUGCAGGAAGGAGGUCUUCAGAAGCCCAUUUUGGUGAAACACAAAAAAGAUACCAAAGGUUUGGGUCAUGGGACAAACGACGGAGAUUUGUGGUGGGAACGAUUAUUUGAUGGUCAAUUAAAGAGCUUGGAUGUGACGAGUUCGGGAGGAAAUGUCGUUUUUGACCAGAAUAAAGCGAAUGUAGAGGCCUCUGUGAGAAAGAGCAACAGUCCGUUGUACCGAAUGUUUGUAAAGGGCCAAGGACUCGAAGGAACAGUAGGCAGAAAGGCGGAGAUCGAAAGAAAGAGAAAGCGAGAGUUUAGCGAUGAGCAGGCGUUGGAAGACAUGGAGAGGAUGGUGAGGCGAUGUGGGGAGAAGAAGGAGAGGAAAGGAAAGGAGAAGAAGAAAAAGAAGGAGAAAAAAGAGAAGAAAGAGAAGAAAGAGAAGAAAGAGAAGAAAGACAACAAAACAGUGAAAGAAAAAGAGAGGAAAGACAAGAAAGACAGGAAAAAGAAAGACAUAAAAGUGAAGAAAGACAGGAAAAAGAAGAAAGAGACGAAAAAGAAGAAAGAGACGAAAGAGAAGAAAGAGACGAAAGAGAAGAAAGAGACGAAAGAGAAGAAAGAGACAAAAGAGAAGAAAGAGAAAGACAUAAAAGUAAAGAAAGUCAAAGUGAAGAAACAAAAAACUUGA